UGGCCAUCCUGCAACCCGGUUAAAGGAAGUGCUACGGGUGAGCCGGUGGGUUAAUGGUGAUGGCAUGAGGACAUUAGUAAGGACGCGCUGCGGGUCCAGCGAGGAGGAGGAUGAGGAUGGUGGUGGGCGUGAUGGUCCUUGGUCAGUUACUGACGAGGAUCUUGCUCGCGGCCCACGCAGGAGAUCGCCUCGCGGCAGCUCGCAGAAUUCUAAAGGACGUGCCACUGAUAGAUGGGCACAACGACCUACCCUGGAAUAUACGGAAGUUCCUGAAGAACCAGCUGAGGGAGUUCAGGUUUGAUGACCUAAGUGACAUUCAUCCUUGGUCACGGAGCGCCUGGAGCCACACAGAUCUCAAGAGAUUGAGGCAAGGCAUGGUUGCAGCGCAGUUCUGGUCCGCGUAUGUGCCCUGCUCGUCGCAGCAUCUCGACUCGGUCCAGCUGGCCCUGGAACAGAUAGAUCUCAUUCGCCGAUUGGUCAACAAGCAUGCGGACAGUAUGGUCCUCGUUACCACAGCGGAAGGUAUUGAGAGGGCGCACAAAGAGGCUAGAUUAGCAAGCCUGAUAGGAGUCGAAGGGGGCCAUGCUGUCGGAGCGAGUCUGGCGGUCCUGAGGAUGCUGUACGAGUUGGGCGCCAGGUAUCUCACCCUCACGCACACGUGUAAUACGCCUUGGGCAGACUGCAGCACGGCGGAUGAACCCGGUCAAGUGCCUCAAAUCGGUGGUCUCUCGAAUUUCGGCAAGAGUGUCGUGUUGGAGAUGAAUCGACUUGGGAUGAUGGUGGACCUCUCUCAUGUCUCGGUGCCCACGAUGCUGGCAGCUAUGACGACGUCGAGGGCGCCAGUGAUUUUCAGUCACAGCAGCGCUCACGCUCUUUGCAAUUCCUCGCGAAAUGUGCCUGACCACGCGCUGCGACUUUUGGCGCAGACCGGUGGUAUAGUUAUGGUAUCCUUCUAUCCCCAUUUUAUCAGCUGUGGCGAAAAAUCGACUCUUGAGGAUGUAGCAGCGCACAUCAAUCACGUGCGGAAGAUAGCCGGAGUGGAUCACGUCGGCAUCGGGGCUGGAUACGACGGGAUCAAUUUAACACCAACGGGUCUGGAGGAUGUCAGCAAGUAUCCGGAGCUCUUCGCGGAAUUGCUAGCGCAUGGAUGGUCGGAGAAAGACAUCCAGAAGUUGGCUGGUCUGAAUCUUAUACGAGUGUUCAAAGCGGUGGAACAGAUUCGCGACAACCUGGCCGCUGAAGGGAUGGAGCCACUGGAGGAGGAGAUCCCGCAGGAGGAUAUAAUCGGUCGUGAUUACUGCCGUUACAACAUAAAGCGUCCGAUGACGCCUUAAGCUGCCGGAAUCCUCUCAGCGAACGCCGCGAAACGUAACUCGCAAACGAGUCGAGUGAUCGAAACAGAAACAGAGAGAUAUAAAGUAUACAGAGAAAAGAGAAAGAGAGAGAGAAAUAGAAGAGGAGAAAUGAGAGGAGUGGAAAGGCAAAAGUUCACUGCCCCAAAGGGAGUAAAACUCACCCUUUACAACUUUACCACCAAGUUUUUGAGACCCCUCGCGUCUCCUAGAGACGACACGGUAUCCGCUGCACAUACAGAUAUGCACACGUUCUCUCCCUUUCUCUCUCUCUCUUUCUUUCUCUCUCUCUCUCUCUCUCUCUCUCUCUCUCUUUCUGUCUUACCUCUUUCGAUCCUUCUCGCCGUUACCCACGAUUCUCAUCUUUGUACGUAAGUAGGUAGAUAAACUCGAUUUCCGCCAAGGAUCUUGGAGCCAGGAGAUGUGAGUAUUCGCGAAAAAUAUCAGGACGGUCAGUGAAACGUCAGUACCGUGA